AUGUCCUCAGACCCAAGAAACACAUGGCCUCGAAAUCUCGUCCUUCUAGCACUUAUCGGCGCUGGCUUGAUUGUGUACAACCAGCGUCAAACUCCACCAGAUCCACCCAGUGAAGAACCGGGUCAGACAGUUCCGCAGCCUGAAGAUGAAUCAACCCCGAACAAUCAACCACCAAAUCAACCGGACUUUCCAGAUUGGGAGGAAAUCAUAGACAGCAUAUACCCAGCCUUGAACCAUGAAGAGGCGAGUGCAAAACUGAAACAUGAAGAACAAACACGGGCCUAUCCCAGAAAGGGUACCUUCGGGCCGGUAUCUCGAGUGGAUUCAGUGAGAGUCGGCAGCAAUGAGCCUAUUGAGGACGAAUUCGUUCACGAAAUUAUUGACAUGGGGGAUCCCAAAGAUUGGCAUUUCUGGGGUGUUUAUGAUGGGCAUGCCGGAUGGGCGACUUCAGUCCUAUUGCGUCGAGCCUUGAUCCCUGGCGUUGUUUCCAAGAUCAAGAAGACUUUGAGUGAAGGGAUGACCAGAGGUUUCUCGAGCCUCGAUGAACCUAUUCGGGGCGCUUUUCAUCAGAUGGAGAACAUGAUCUCGAAUGAAGCACUCGAGGCAAUGGACGUGGCAGAGGAUCUGGGGGAGAGCACGGCACAUGCAUUCUCUCGCGUUGCCCCCGCCUGUUCAGGCUCAUGUGCUCUCCUCGCUAUAUAUGAUCCCAAUCUAUGCCUGCUGCGUAUAGCUUCUGUUGGGGAUUCUCGCGCAGUUCUAGGUCGUUAUAGGGAAAACAAAGACGACUGGGAGACCCUUGCUCUUUCUGAGGAUCACAAUGGGUUUAACGAAGUUGAGUGGGAUCGCAUUGUGGGCGAGCAUCCAGACGAAACAGGAAUCAUCGAUAAGAACUCGGGCCGCAUCUUGGGAUUGGCAAUGACCCGUUCGUUUGGGGACAACUGCUUGAAGUGGCCUAUGGUUCAACUGGAGCGAUGCUACAAACAAUUUCUCGGGAAGCCACUAAAUCAGGGGAGUCUCACGCCGCCGUAUCUCACGGUAGACCCUGACAUACGUACUAUGCCAGUCCGGGACGGGGACUUUCUCAUUCUUGCGAGUGACGGAUUGUGGGAUAGGAUCUCCAAUUACGAGGCCGUGCAGUGUGUACGCCACUGGAUACUCCGACACCCGAUGGAAGCUCUACCUACUUCCAACGCCGGAAUGGAAGGCGGGAUUGAGCGGUUCUGUCGUUUCAAUGCCCUGACCUUUACUCUAGAAGAUGACAACGUUGCGACUCAUCUAGCCAGGAACGUGCUCGGUGGGAGAUCGGAAGUCUUCGAAACUCUUAUGAGUCUGCGAGCGCCCGAGGCUAGGCCACACAGAGAUGAUAUUACCAUUCAGGUUAUUUUCUUUGGGCUCUAUCCAGGUGAGAUGCGCGACUGA